CAGCAGGACGGGAAAAUAAACAUUUUUGAGCAGAAAAAAAAGGGAAGAUUUCUUUCGUUAAAUCUCUGACUUCAGAAGCUCCAACUGCAGUUUCCUAUUCCUCAUCUUCUCACAUCCACAAAUAUCCUGCAAGAAUUUCCCUGGCUCCUUCUGCUCUGCAUGGAGAUACUGUUCCUCUCUCUCAACCGGCAGGAAGUGUGCAUGCUUUCUUCAGGAUCCCUGCACCGCGAGCAUCUCUUCAAACUUGAAUGUCCUUACAACUCGGACAGAGAGAGUGGUUCCUUUUCCAUGCAGCGUGCAUAGAGGGACUGGUUGCCUUUUUCGGGAGGUGUAGGAGCAGGUACUACAGGAGGAAGUACCGGGAUCAGAGCGCCCCUGGAAGAACUACGGGAAGAAGAAUAAGAGGAGGAGGAGGAGGGCGCGUCACGCUGAGAAAGAGCAUCGUCCCAGCCCUUCUUAAAAAGCAGCGCUACAGUAAUCUUUAAAAAGUGGAUUUUAUAUAAGUAUUCUAGCAAAGUAACAUAAAGUAAGAAUAAGACUUGAGUGCAAGUUAACUGACAUAGGCUACUGUAAGUGAUUUGAAGGGAUAUUAUAGGAGUAUUUAUUUGUCACUCGCGCUCACGCUCACCCAGGAGGCUCCAGCACGCCGCAGAAUGGAUCUCCCACCAAUCAGAGGUUUAUCUGAUGUGCCGUGAGUGUUGGGAGCAGCGUGCCCCAGCCCCCCUGCAGGAUGGACCCCCCCCACUCCUUCAGGAUGGAGCUGGACAGCAUGGACCUCCAGCAGGUUCUGUCCCUCGACCAGAUACGUGCCAUAAGGGCCAACAAUGACUAUGUGGAGAGGCCCGUGGCGCUGGAACCGGCAACCGGGUCUGGCUUUUUCUAUGCCCAUGAAGAACGCUACACUCAUGGAGUUUACCCCCACUACCCCCAGCCUUCCUUCAACCAGGCCCUGCCCCGCAGCCAAAGUCAGCAGCAGCACGCUCACUUAGCCCACUUAAGUCGUUCCAGUACCAUAAGCUCUUCCAUGUCUCGGACCAGUGCCAACUCAGACCAGCGGCUCCUGGCAGGUUUGACACCGUCUCACUCUGGCCUCGCUUCGGUGGUCCGAUCUCAGCCCAAAGGAGAACUCAAAGCCGAUGUUUCCUUCGGUAAAGGCCUGACGGAGGACGAGGCUGAGCUGGGCCUUCACUUGUUCAUCUGUGAGCGGUGCGGUCGCUGUAAGUGCAGAGAGUGCUGCGCGCCCCGCCGCCUGCCCUCCUGUUGGGCCUGCGGGCAGCGCUGCCUGUGCUCGGCUGAAAGCGCGGUGGAGUACGGGACCUGCCUGUGCUGCGUUAAAGGCCUCUUCUACCACUGCUCCGCCCAGGACGACGAGGAUAACUGCGCCGACCGGCCUUGCUCCUGCGCUCCAGCUCACGCUUGUUCCCGCUGGAGCACCAUGGGGCUGUUAGCGCUAUGCCUGCCCUGCCUCUGCUGCUACCCCCCUGCCCGGCUGUGCCUUGCCCUGUGCCAGUGUGCCCAUGACCGCAGCACCCGCCCCGGCUGUAGGUGCAGCAACACCAACACCGUGUGCCGCAAGAUCUCCGCCUCUAACCCUAACCCCGGUCCCCCCUCGCUCCGCAGCAAGGCCCUAGAAAAGCCGUUAUGACAGGCCUGGAUGGGGGCCUUGUAAAUCCAUUUCCCCAAGCCGUCGCCAAAGCAACGCUGUCGCCAAUCAACAAUGCCACAGCUGACAUUGUGACGACAAUGCCAUCGUGACCCACCUACCUACAUACGGCAAGCCAACCAACCAACUAACCAAUCAACUAACCGCAAAGUCUUCACCUAAUGUACCUUGAUUUACUUCAUCUCCAGCUCAGGAGGGACCAAAGCUUUACUGUGCCUGUUCAUGUUGGAGACGUCAAGCCUAAAAACAAAAAAACCCGAAGAAGAGAUAGGUGUUGGGCUUUGCUGGACAGCCCUUCAGCCUUAACCAAGACUUCCUGACAGAAAUCUCCACAUUCUGUGGUUUAAUCGGGACAUUAAAAUCUAUUUAUUUAUUGUUGAACCUCCUUCCUCCCCACCCUCUGCAAAGAGAGCGCGCAGAGGCAGGCAAUGGACCAAAUCAGGAAGGAAAGAGGCCUGCGGCGACGUGUAUGGUCAAUGCCAACAGAGUUUCUGUCCUCUAGAAAAGAGAGUCAGAAGAAGCAUGGGAGAUUGAGGACUUUGAACACAAUGACUGUCAGAAAACUCCACAAAAGGUUGAAUCAAUAAAUGUUGUGCCGCAGUGCAUAUCUUACUGGGACUCUUAGCAAAGCACCGAGGCAUAAAGUGAGAACAAAGACACUUGUAACAACAGUUAGACACCAAAAAGGGACCAUGCACUGUACGAACUGAGAGUAUUUCAAUGCUAUUAAGCUUAUUUGUAAAGGAAAAGCACUGUGAGGUAGAUGGACAAUGUUUACCCCGGCAGCCAAGAGCUGAAAGGGGAUUAUUUAACCGGAGGGAGGGUGCAUUCAUUGUCACUAGGCAGCGCGAGUGUGUGUGUGUUUGAGUGUGUGUCCUCCUACAGUACAACAGCCUGUGUAUGUAGAAGCUGUGUGUAUGUCAGCAGAAGAAGCCUCCCUUGUCUUAUUUUUAGCAGCGCUGCUUCAGUGGAGCUCUGAGGGUCUGGUCGGGUUUCUGCACAAAGUCAGUCUGUCGCCAACCUCCCUCCUCUGACCGACCUCCGUCACUGCCCCCCCCGCCCCCCAUCCCUCUCUCCUCCAUUUAAUCCACUUUCCUCCCAUCCUAGAACCAAAUCCUCUUUUCUGAGAACCAUCUGUGUCUUGUUGUAGUUCAGGCCGUCAGUUACCUUAAUCCAGAAUGAUCUCACGGUGGGAAACCGAUUCACAACGACACAACACCAAUCCCGCCAUCAUGGACAUUCAGUAAAUCAUUUCCAAUGCAAGAGUAAUGUUUGCAAAGGGAAAACUUUAUUUGUACUCAGACUAAACCAAUGUUCCGUUUCCAGAGGAUUCUUUUAAACUCUCAACUAAAGGUGUUCUCAGGAUUGCCAAGAUUUAAAUUCAGGGGCCAUAUUCAGAACACUUCUCUAAAGAACAGUGUGUAGGAUUUAGUGGCAUCUCGAGAGGUUGCCGGUUGCAACAAACAGAAUACCCUAUAUAUUAACCUUUUAAAUGAGUGUGGGAGAACUACGGUUGCCUUCAGGAAAUGUAAAACCAAGUAUAGAUUUUUCGUUCUGAGCUACUGAAGAAACAUGGCGGCCGACCCAGACCACAUGAAGACAUAAAGGGCUCAUUUUAAGCUAACUGCAACACUUUGUUUCUUAGUUUCAGGAAAUCAAUGUUGAAUUUUUGCCAAACGAUCCAGAUAAAAGGCUGAGUUAGGAGUAAAAAAGUGUGCUUAAGUAAGAUUAGCUUAGCUUUACAAACUAGCGUGUAAAAGUGUUGGGUGUUCUAAGACUUCUAAGCCACUAAGACCUAAAAUCCGUUGCUCCAACUAAUAUGCCGAUCGGAGAAAUAACAUGAUAAGGAGCUUUUAAAACGCUACAACAUAAAAAUAAAUACAAUUACAACCUAUCCCAACCAGCUAUAGCCAGCUGAUAAGAGGCGUAUUUCCCCCACACACCCUCACAUCCCUCCUGCCUCGUCCGUCUCUCCUCUUACGCUCUGAGGGCUAAAAGCCUCCAGUUCCUGGUCCACGGAGAGUUGAUCAAACAGGCAAUUAGCUUCAUGAUAGCUCUUAAUGGGCCGGAGAAGAAUGGAGCGUGGGAGGGGAGUGAAGUGAGGGGACAGGAUGAGUGGAGUUGUGGUGUUUGGCAGAUGGACAGCUGAUGGGGAGAGAGGGAGGCUGGCAGGAAGGAGAAAGAGGUCGGGUAAAGGGAAGGAAAAGAGGAUGCUGACGUCUCCAGUAAGACAGACGGAGGCCAUGCAUGCUCGGUAAAAAUGAUAUUUUUUAGGUUGAAAUUGUCGCUUCUUCUUCAGCACUUCAGGUACACAGUUUAAAUGUAAUGUAAAGUGUAAAUGCGACAUCAGUGCAUGGCUCUUCUAGGAAGGACAAGCUGAUAAAAACAACACACAGUGGCAGGUGUAUGCGUGUGUGUGCAUAUACAUGUUUUUAAGCGUGUGUGUG